CGCCCGCCGGCGGCGCAUGCGCGGUCCGGCGGCGCUGGGGCAGGCGGCGCGCGCCCCCUGCGCGGAGCCCGCGCGGCGUGCGCAGGCGCGGAGCGGCGGCGGCGGCGGAGGGGGCGGUCGGGAGCGGUCGGUUGGCAGCAGCCGGGUUCCUGUCAGCGGCGGCGGGUGGCGGUGCCCGGUCCCCACGGCGCGCGCAGCCCCCGGCCUGGCCCGACCCGGUUCCAUCCGCGGCCCGACGGUGCGGAGCGCCGCGCUCUCGCCUCCCGGCGUCUCCCCUCCCCACCGCGGGGCGGCGGAGGCAGCGGCGCCCCCCUCCCGGCCCGGCCCCCCCCUCCUCCCGCCGCCCCCCUCGCCCCUGCCGGGCCGCGGAGCUGCGAUGCCCUCGGACUUCAUCUCUCUGCUCAGCGCCGACCUCGACCUCGAGUCCCCCAAGUCGCUCUACUCCAAGGAAUCUGUCUAUGACCUUCUCCCAAAGGAGCUGCAGUUACCACCUUCCAGAGAAACAUCUGUAGCAUCCAUGAGCCAAACAAGUGGUGGUGAGGCAGGUUCGCCUCCUCCAGCUGUAGUUGCUGCUGCUCCGCCAUUCAGAGGCAGGCAUCGUGUGGUGGGUUGUGUGACAGUGUCUGUCAAUAGUGAAGACAAAUAGUGCCAGAGACACUUAACCCAUCCAAUCUCACCCAGGGUAUAGGAUUUGCCUCUGAAGCAGGGAGUGUCUGCAUUAAAAAUGACCUGUAGUUCUCUGCUUCAUAGAUGCUUCUUCAGCUCCUUCCUCUUCCUCCAUGGGCGGUGCUUGCAGCUCCUUUACCACCUCUUCCAGUCCUACCAUUUACUCUACCUCAGUCACCGACAGCAAGGCUAUGCAAGUGGAGAGCUGCUCCUCAGCCGUGGGGGUAAGUAACAGAGGGGUAAGUGACAAGCAGUUAACCAGUAACACAGUCCAGCAGCAGCAGUCAACGCCGAAGAGACACACAGUCCUGUACAUCUCACCACCACCUGAGGACUUGCUGGAUAACAGUCGGAUGUCCUGCCAGGAUGAGGGGUGUGGAUUGGAGUCAGAGCAGAGCUGCAGUAUGUGGAUGGAGGAUUCACCCUCCAACUUCAGUAACAUGAGUACCAGUUCCUACAAUGAUAACACUGAGGUGCCACGUAAAUCACGCAAACGAAACCCAAAGCAGAGGCCAGGGAUCAAACGUCGAGAUUGUGAAGAGUCCAACAUGGAUAUAUUUGAUGCCGACAGUGCCAAAGCGCCUCACUAUGUCCUUUCUCAACUCAGCACGGACAGCAAAGGCAACUCAAAAGCAGGAAAUGGAGCAUCAGAGGGCCAGAAAGGAGCUGGAGGGAAGAAGACGCCAAUGUUGUGUGGUCAGUAUCCUACUAAAAGUGAGGGGAAAGAGCUGAAGAUAGUGGUACAGCCGGAAACCCAACACAGGGCUCGUUAUCUGACUGAGGGCAGCCGAGGCUCAGUGAAGGACCGGACACAGCAAGGUUUUCCAACUGUAAAGCUGGAGGGUCACAAUGAGCCAGUAGUGCUGCAGGUAUUUGUGGGUAAUGACUCUGGUCGAGUGAAACCACAUGGAUUCUACCAGGCCUGCAGAGUAACUGGAAGAAACACAACUCCCUGUAAAGAAGUAGAUAUAGAGGGGACGACAGUUAUUGAGGUUGGACUUGAUCCUAGCAACAAUAUGACACUUGCGGUUGAUUGCGUGGGAAUACUGAAGCUGAGAAAUGCUGAUGUUGAAGCUAGGAUAGGGAUUGCUGGUUCCAAGAAAAAAAGCACACGUGCCAGAUUGGUAUUUCGUGUUAACAUCACUCGCAAAGAUGGUUCAACUUUGACUCUUCAGACACCUUCCUCCCCAAUUUUGUGCACUCAACCAGCAGGAGUUCCAGAAAUCCUAAAGAAAAGUCUGCACAGUUGUUCAGUGAAGGGUGAAGAGGAAGUUUUUCUGAUUGGCAAAAACUUUCUAAAGGGAACAAAAGUGAUUUUCCAAGAGAAUGUGUCUGAUGAAAAUUCUUGGAAAGCAGAAGCUGAAAUAGACAUGGAAUUAUUUCAUCAGAAUCACCUUAUUGUGAAGGUGCCACCAUAUCAUGACCAGCAAAUAACCUCAGCUGUUUCCGUCGGAAUAUAUGUGGUGACCAAUGCUGGAAGAUCACAUGAUGUGCAACCAUUUACAUACACUCCAGAUACAUCUGGUACUCUGAAUGUUAAUGUGAAGAAGGAAAUCUCCAGCCCAGCCCAACAUUGUUGUUUUGAAGAGGCUAUAAAAGCAGUGAAAGCCACUGGUUGUAACCUGGAAAAGGUAAAUAUUCUUCCUAGUGCCUUGAUAACUCCACUCAUGCCAAGCAGUAUGAUUAAGAAUGAAGAUGUGGCUCCAAUGGAAGUAAGUGCAGAAAAAAGAUCCCCCCCUGUCUUCAAGGCUUCAAAGGUGGUUGGACCAGCUCAACAAACAUUAGAAAACAGUAUGUCCAGCAUAUCAACUUCUGCUUCCCAUUUACCUUCUGAUAGUGAAAAACAGCAACAAAUACAACCGAAAGUGUAUAAUCCAGAGACUCUAAGUACUAUUCAAACGCAGGACAUUUCCCAGCCUGGUAGUUUUUCGGCAGUCUCUACUCCAGGUCAGCUGCAGAACAGUGAUGCACUACUGCAGCAAGCUGCACAGUUUCAAACAAGAGAAUCCCAAACCAGGGAGGUCUUGCAAUCAGAUGGCACAGUUGUAACUUUGUCACAGUUAACUGAUGCGUCUCAACAGCAGCAACAGUCUACGCUAUCAGAACCAGCACAGGCGUUACAGCAACAGAUUUCAUCAAGUAUUUUCUCAUCAGCAAGCAGUGUGAGUCAGUUACAGAACACUAUACAGCAAUUGCAAGCUGGAAACUUUCCAACUAACACUGCCGCUGGCAGCAGUAGAAAUGUUGACUUGGUGCAGCAGGUCUUGGAAGCUCAGCAACAGUUAUCUUCCGUUUUGUUUUCUGGAUCAGACAGCAGUGAGGAUGUUCAAGAUCAGCUAAAUGCAGAUAUUUUUCAGCAAGUUAGUCAGAUACAAAACAGUGUAAAUCCUGGGAAAUUUUUCUCAUCGGAGACAGCUGUCCAUUCCAGACCCGAGAACCUUUUGCCUGGGAGAGCUGAAAAUGUUCACUCCCAGCCUGAAAAUGCGUUGUCCAGUCAGCAGCAACAGCAGCAGCAACAGCAGCAGGUGAUGGAGACUUCUGCAGCAAUGGUGAUAGGAAUGCAACAAAACAUUUGCCAGGCUGCAACGCAGAUGCAGUCGGAUUUGUUCUCUUCAACAGCUUCGGGGAAUGGAGCCCUGCAGCAGUCACCUGUUUACCAGCAGGCUUCUCACAUCAUGAGUGGGUUAUCGACAAGUGAAGACAUGCAAAUGCAGUGUGAAUUGUUCUCUUCAUCUCCUGGUGUUUCUGGAAGUGACACUGCUCCUGCUGCUCAGCAGCAAGUCUCCAACAAUGGACCAGCUAUGUUUCAGACAUCAAAUUCUGCAGAUGGAGAGGAAACUUCAGGACAGAAUAAACAGAUGCAAAGUACUGUAUUUCAGACCAUGGUUCAGAUGCAGCACAGUGGAGAAAGCCAGUCUCAAGUUAAUCUGUUUUCAUCUCCAAAAAACAUGAUGACUGUUCAGGCCAGCGGAACUCAACAGCAAGGAGGUGGUCUGUUCCAGCAAGGUGGAGAAAUCAUGUCUAUUCAGUCAGGAAGCUUUAUGCAACAGUCUCCACAUUCACAAGCUCAACUUUUUCACUCUCAGAAUCCCAUUGGUGAUACUCAAAAUAUGUCACAGGAAACACAAGGUUCUAUUUUUCACAGUGCAAAUGCCAUUGUCCACAAUCAGACCACCACUAAUUCCUCAGACCAGCUGCAGCCUCCAAUGUUCCAUUCACAGAACACCAUGGGUGUAUUACAGACUUCAUCAGUUCCUCAAGACCAGCAGUCUGCCAACAUGUUCCUUUCCCAGAGUUCAAUGAGCAACCCUGCAACGCAGGAGGAGCAAAUGUCGUUCUUUACAAACCAGAAUUCCAUUUCUCCUCUUCAGACAGCCACAAACACUGAGCAACAAGCUUCUUUCCAGCAACAAACACAGAUAUCUCAUAUCCAGAGUUCCAUGCUUCCCCAGGAACAGCCCCAGACUCAGCCUACUCAGCAAGGUUUGUUUCAGUCUCAAGUUUCGUUAGGCUCCAUGCAAUCUAAUCCAAUUCCCCAGGGCCAGCAAGGAGCUAUCUUCCAGCCUCAGCAUUCAAUAGUUGGUAUUCAGAGUAGUCCUCCAUCUCAAGAGCAGCAGCAGCAGCAGCAGAACAUGAUGUUCAGUAAUCAAAAUGCAAUGAAUACAAUUGCUUCUCAAAAACAAAACAUGAUUUUCAACCCAAAUCAAAAUCCAAUAGCUAAUCAAGAGCAACAAGGUCAAUCCAUUUUUCACUCGCAAACUAACAUGGCAUCAAUGAAUCAGGAGCAACAGCCCAUGCAAUUCCAGAGUCAAACUACAGUGUCUUCAAUUCAGAAUCCCGGAUCCAACCAGGCUGAAUCACAGCAGCCAGCCAUCUUCCAUAACUCACCCCAGAUUCAGUUGGUCCAAGGCUCACCAAGUUCUCAAGAGCAACAAGUCACUCUCUUCAUCUCUUCAGCUUCCAUGUCUGCGUUGCAGAAUAGCAUGAGCCAGCAAGAGCUGCAGCAGUCUCCCAUAUACUCUUCUCAAAGCAGCAUGGCGGGAAUGCAAGGAACUGCUUCUCCUCCACAGCAACAAGCCUCCUUAUUUCACAACGCAGCAGGAGGUGCUAUCAACCAACUGCAGAAUUCUCCUGCUUCGUCUCAGCAGACUUCAGGGAUAUUCCUGUUUGGCAUUCAGAACAACUGUGGCCAGCUCUUAACUUCUGGACCAGCUACGUUGCCAGAAGAGUUGAUGGCUAUAAGUCAGCCAGGUCAGCCACAGAAUGAGGGGCAAGCGGCAGUUCCAGCGCUUCUCUCCCAGCAGAUACCUGAGACUUCUCCACUACCCUCAUCUAUGGCCGCCAAUCAGAAUAUUGAGAAAAUAGAUGAUCUGCUGGUGUCACUGCAAAACCAGGGGAACAAUAUGGCUGGCUCAUUUUAAUUAGACAAAAAAUCUAUGAAGAAAAAGGUGUUGAUUUCCCUGAUCCUCUCAGACCUUGCGACUCUGGAUUAGGCUGUGUGGAACUGAUUGCUUCUGUCAAAAAGUGACCCUCUUCUCUAAAGAGCACAUAUGCGGCCUAUUGCAGUGUAUUGCACCUAAGGCUAUAACCAUAGUAUUUGAGAUUCCUGGUGCCAAUAAUGGUUGAAAAGCUAUGCUUUGUUUUACUAGGGCAUGGAAUUGUACUAUUACCAUAUUCCUGGACCUCAUUAACAGCGGGGCUCUCUUUGAAUUUAAAGCAUAUCUGGUCAGUUAUUAUUGUUGUCAGAAGAUAGUAUAUGUUACCACGUUUACUUUUUUUUUUCCCCUCUUCUUCCUUCUUCACAUCCCCUCUCUUGACUAGAAAAGCUUAUGAAGCAGAAACAUCAGAUACUUUUGACAUGAGCUGUGACUCAUAGCAUAGUUGUCAAUCACUGAAGGGAUUGCACAUUUUAAAGGAGCAUGGGAGAGCUAAUACUGUGGUUGGUAAUUGCAGUAGGUGAUAAAGAAAAUACUGAUACAUAUGAUAAGCAAGCAGAGAACUGCUUGUUACUGUAGAUAGCCAGACAGAGGUGGGUGCUUCCCAUCUGAGAAUGUGAUUAACGGUUUUCUAUGUCUCUUACAUAUAACUGUACAUAGAGUAAGUUUGGUGGCUCUAACAAAAUGAAGAAAUGAAGGGGAACUUACAAAAUAAAUUACGCUCUGAAAAUUUUAUCUUCUAAGAUACCUUGAGAUUGAAAGGAACAAUCUGCCUGGCUGAGGAAUCUCCUUCAUGCCUCUCACUCUGACUGCUUAGGUCAGAACUCAUUACAGCUGCAUUACCCAUUCUCAGACCAGUCUUUUCCCUUUCAUUUCAUGUUUUUCCUUCUCCCUCCCUCAGUUUCAUAUUGUGGUUUUUUUUUUUUUUUUUUUUUGAAAAGAUAUAACUAUCCUACUGGCUUUAAAGAUCAGAAGCAGCUUUUAGGAAUCCAUGGUACCUACCUUUGUGAUAUUGAAUUGCUUAGUCAGUAGAAGCUUUGACAACUAAUCAAGGAUUAAGGAGAGAAGAAGUGAUUUUUCCACCACCCUCCAAAUGCCAGAAUCCUCCUUAACCCAGUAAUUUUCCAACUGUUACUGAUGCAAAUUUUCAGCUUAACUUUAAUCCAAAUAAGGGGGAAACUACAUCGUUUCUAAGCAUUCUUGAAAAUUUCACUUCAUUCUGAGCUGCUGUGUCUUUGUAUCAUAUUGAGCUCAUGCAGAUUUGAAGUGGUGUUUUCUACUGGCAGUCCCCUACCUAUAGCUUCUAGAUUAUUGUGUUUCAAUUUAAAAAAUUGACAUGUUACAGAAUGUAAAAAUAACCCACUCCAGACCAUGCAGUUGUAUUGUGAGGCAUGUGAAUUUCCUGGGUGCUCCAGCUGUCCUGAAAGUUUUGUGAUAUCUCACUACAGCCUCAUUCACAACCUUUUCUUCUCCUUCUCCUGCACGUAGAAAGCUGUUGAUGCGGUUAGAGCCAAACAGCUGCCAUGUAUGGCUGUUAUGCCUUGGUAGAGUGUAGCUGGUAUCACGUCAUUUUCCAUUUUGUUAUUUUACCUAACAAAGAAUAGCGUGUAAAUGGGUUAAGUUACUCUAGUCUCUUUCCUGUGUGUCUCCCCUAUCUCGUGUGCUUAGUUGAGCCGUGUAGAGUUUUUGUUUGUUUUAAUGGUUUUUCCUGUUUGUCAGUCUGUCAUGUUCAUUUUCUCUUUCUGUCUCUCUCUUUCUCUCUCUCAUUGAGAGGCAUUGAAUUACGUUUUCAGUAGUAAGGCUUCUUGCCGAUAUGAAGGGAACUUUUCAGAAAGAGACCUGCUCUGGGUCAUUUAAUUUUGAAUACAGUUUUCAAUCGUUCAAGUUUUGGAUGGUUUAUAUCUAAUGUGUGUUUCAUUUUUUUGGAAAGCUAUAUUUUGUAUUUAGGAAAUGGUAUACUAUUUUGCUAUUUGUACUGAGUGAGUACAUUGGCAUAAAUAUAAAAAUUUAUAUAUAUACAUAUAUAUAAAAUAUUCUUUUUGCCACACAUUUUUGUGGUAAAUUUGUGAGUUUGUCUGAUGUUCUACCACAACGUGGCGUCUGAUAACAGUGGGGGUGGGGUGGGAUUUGUUAUGUCUUUAUUGAGUAUUUAAGUACUUUUUGCAACAUAAAUAACUUGUUCAUCUCUCGCCAUUCCAUCAGGCAAUUUAUUGUUCCAACUGGCUAUGGGAAGCUUCACUGUGUGUUUUGAUGUGUCUGUCACUCAGCAAUACGAUCUAGUAAGGAAACCCGUAGGCAUUUAGGCGUAUAUAAAGUGAUGGGUUUCAUUCAGAAUGAGCCAUUCAGCUUUUAUCCACUAUCAUUGUCUAUUUAAUAUUUUAUUAUUAGCGCCUUUAUGUUUUAACUUUUAAUUUAUAAUUAUGCUAAAAUGUUUGAAAUUUUAAUCAUGAUUAAAAAAAAAAGAAUUCCCUGCUUCAUAAUGUCCAGAGCUGCUUUAUAACUUUGAACCGUACUUUUUCUUCCUGUGAUUUUUUUUCCCCCUGCUCAGAAAAUAUAUAACAAGAUCCUGUUAUGGUUCAUGACAUGAAAAGAGCAAUCUUGCAGCAUUGGCUAAAUGCUCUAUGAGGAUACGUAGGAGACUGGGAAUUAUGGAUUGAAACAGCUUCCAGAUGGCUGUGGAAGUCAAUAGCCAGUUAUUCCAAAAUGAACUGGUGACCCUUGCAAGUUCACAGUCCCAGGACAUUGGGUGUCAGCUUGGGCCUUCAUACACAGAAGAAGUAAUAGGAAUGAUAAAUUCACUUCUUUGCUGCUUCACGUUGUUCUGUUGUUCUGAAGGGAAGUAUCCUUAUUUUGAAAUGCUGUCAGUCAGUGCCAAGUCACCAGGGACCAAUUCUCCAUUCAGUAAUAUGGGUGUCCAACAGAUAACUUUUUACCAAGACUGCUACAGCUCCAGGGUGAGGGUAUGUUUGAAUUGUGUGCAUAUUUUAGGUUGCUGAUAACAAGGGCUGUGCUAACACAUUUUCAGUUUUGGAUAACGCCUUUCUUGUGUUAAAUUUAUCUUGUCCAUUUUAGGUCAAUGUUUAAAUGUACAACACUUCGAACAUGUGAUUUGGUUACAAAAAGUAUUUGUCUUAUGAAUGAAGAGAUUGCUCAGUGGUUGAUUAGUGCUUGAACUGCUGCUUGCAAACAGCUGUUACAGGGGCUAACGAGAAAGAUUCAAGAGCCAAGAAAAAGCUUAAAGACAGCUUGCAGGAUUUCAUGGCAGAAAGACCCAAGAACAGCAUGAGCCACAUCUGUAUUUUAUCAGAGUCCUGUACGUUUACUUGUGUGGUUUAAGCAGUUGACAGUUGGAGCUUACCCUGCAUUUUGUUUCUUAUCCCCUUAUUGACUCCCCUGCAUGUGCUCACUGGCAUGCCUAUUAGGCUGCUUGGCUGCAGAGCUGAGAGGUAGCGGUAUCAUGUCUGGUCCAUUUUGGUUGUGAAGGUUAGAAAAUAUUGAGGGGUGAGUCUCUCUAAAUUUAAAGUUCCUGCCAUUAUUAUAAAGGAGAACUUAGUAUAUCCGCAAAGCAACAAUUAACUAUAGACAAUAUUACUAGGUGAAAAAUUAAAAACUGUAGAACUGCACAGCUAGGAUGGGUUUUCUGUAUAUUGUCUUUCUCUGCUGCUUGAGCUCUUUGUUUAAAAGAAAAAAAAUCGUUUCUCUGAACAUCUGUAUUUAUCAUAGGUUGUACUCUCCAGCUGUAUAUGCCUCUAAAGCCCUUCCUGUCCACUACCAGUACAGCAUCUGCGCUAUGUGGUGGUAUGCAGUACAGCAAUUUGCUAGCACAGAUUAAAAUGUAGGGAGACUUAUCUGCUAUCCAGCAGACAUGUCUUCUGUGUACAUUCUCUUGUCUGCUUAUAUAUUUUUAAAGAAAUAAUGGUUCAUAUGAAUAAUAUAUAAUACACAAAAUUAUUAGCUAACCAUCUCCUCUGGCAAGAAGUUGUUACUGAUGCUUUAACUAGCAAGUUCACUUCUUGUCAUUAGUUGCCUCCUCACUGUCUUCUCUUUCAGCAGUUGCUCAAGCCAAAUGCUUUGCUGUUACUUUAACAGAAAAACAGUUCAGGAAGUAGUUUCAGCCUUGCUGUUUCAAAGUAAAUGUUUAAUCACCAAGCAUUUUAUUGUAAUUAUUUUUAAUUACUGAUAGGAUGGUUACUUUAUUUUUAAAUUGAAAUAAAAUAUGAACUGUUAAGUGUUUUGUAACUUUGGCAGUAUUUUCAAUGAUAGUACUAAGAGCCUGGGCAGCUCUGUCAAUGGACAUUCCCUUAACUUAAAGUUGAACGUUUUUAAGCUUCUGUUGCGAUUUUGAUUUGGGAUACAAUUCCCCAAAAGAAAUUGCAAUUUUCUUCUUCUGACAAGACCUUCCACUUGCAUACUGUCUUUCCAGAGUCUUCAGAAAGAAUACCAAAUGAGUCAGGAGCUUGCAUUCCUCUUAGAACAUGAUUUAAAGCACUAGUUGAGUAGCAGAAAGAUUUAUUUUAAAAGAAAAUGAAAAAAGUUUUUAUUGGAAUAAAAAGCUACAAAUAAUUGCCUCCAAAUGUGUGUACGUGUGUGCAUGCAUGAAUGCACAUGCACAUUCAUUACUACUAUCCAAUUUUGGAUCUCACAUAUCUUUAUGACAAAUUGUUGAGCUACCUAUUCAGGGUAAUUACAGGAGAGGAGUGCGAAGAGUUAUAGACAUUUAUCUGAGUGAUAGAAGCAAGAACUAGGGAUGAAUUGCAUAGGGUGCUCUGAGCUAUGAGUUGUAGAUGGAAGGUGAGAAGAGGGGAAAUAUUAACUGAUCGCUGGUGACUUCUCCUUAAGAACAAAAUUUAUUUUCAAGGAAUUAAGUGCUUUCUUGUUUUCUGGAAGGAAUUGUGGCAGCUUCAUUAUUUGAGAAGCUAAAAGGAAACUGGUACAGAGAUGCUUUGUACGUUUGUUUUUUGUCUUUCUAAUUUGGCAUAGUCUUUUGGCAUAGAUGGUGAGAACUUCACAUUCAGACCAACUAUGCCUGUUGUAUAUGAAAAUAGCCAGCUGGGUGUGCAAAUAGAGGUGUAUUUCUCUGUGCACACCUCCCCGUUAAGAAUCAAGCACAGAGGAUCUUUAUUUGAAAUGCAAUGUGCACUAUUUAGAUACAAGGAAAAAUGCAGCAGCAGAUAAACUCGUGUAAAAAUGUACACAUAAAAAUUCUCCAGCUUAGUAUUGGGUUCUGAGGGGUUAUGUAGGAGAGGCUUUUCCUUUCAUAUAAUCUGUAUAGGUAUGUAAAUACGCAAUGCCUGUGUAUUCCAGGCUUGUUUAUAUGUAUAUAGAAGAAUCGUACAUCUAUUACAUAUAUAAAUAAUUAGUGUACACAUGCAUAGAAUACUGCUAUAUUUACAUUUUUAUAAACCUAAAAUAAUAAAUUUCCUUAGUUGGAGGUUAUUUACCAAGGUUUUUGUAGUAGCUGAUUAAUAGCCGUAUCAACACCUGUAAGUACUGUACAUGUGGCGCUAUUGGUAGUGUUGUUCCAGAAACUUGCCCUGCUUUUUAGCUCUUCACUAAAAUCCGUGGGGUUAAAGUGAAGUGACUUUUUGAAACAGCUAUAUACUUUUUUGUAUUUUUUAUAUAUUUUUAUUAAUCAUUGCAAAUGGGAUGUUAACAGUAGAACUGACAACCUUGGAGAAGAGUCUGAUGUUGCCCACUGGAUGGGCUGUGGAAAUGCAACAGUAGCACCUGCUUUCUAUGUCCGUGUACUUCUCUGCCAGUUUUCCUCAGCUGACUCGCCAAGACUGUGUUUUCAGGACCUUUUCUGUUCUUAGUCCCUCAGCAGCUAGUGCAGAUAACACAAUACUGGGGCUUUGUGCUGCUCAGCGGGAGCUGAACUGACACAAGCAGUUCUCUCCCGGUGCGGGUUGUUAAUCAUCCUUGCAUGGCAAAGGACACUGGCUGCUGCUCAGCUGAGCUGCAUUUGAACCAAGAAGAUGAGACUCAAUUUGUAGGUCAUUCCUUUUCUGUUUGCUCUGAUUCUUGCAUAUAAGGCAACACAUCUUUAAAACAUCUCUCUCUCUCUCUCUCUCUCUUUUUUUUUUUUUAACUGACUUUGUAUUGAAGAAAUCAAUAGCUAGGAAGCUUUCUCCUUGGAUACUUUCUAGAUAUGAGGACCAUUGCUCUGACUUGUACUGGUUGCUUACAGAAAGAAAUCAAAAGUGUAAGAAAUCAAACUCUUUACAAGAAAUCCAGAUCUGCAAAGCAAUAACAUGUGUUUUGACCACCAAUGCUUUUCUUGCCAAACCACAUGUAUUCCACUGUAAUUGCAAAAUAGGUUAGUCAGCAGGCAUUGUUAUCUUGGUACAGGCUUUAUCAAAGCAUCUCUCCCAAACCAAAAGUAAAUGUCCUUAUUUCUUCUCUUUCAGCCAUCAAUUUGUAGGCCUGAGCUCCAUCACUUCCAGAGAUGGAAAUCUCCUAUAGCUUUUGCUGUUGCAACUUAUGAAGUUGCCUCGUAACAUUCAAGUGCAGUUGGCCAAGGGUGGGGAAUGUGCUGCUGUCCUGCUUGCUGUGGAAUUCUCAUCCACCUCUUUGCAAGUCCUUGUUCAGAUGCAAACUCUGGCUGUAAAGUAUCCCCGUGGCGCACAUUUGGUAUUGUUUUCAGGUUAGCAAAAGGUCCUGCGUUGGGGCACUUUAAAUUGCCUUAACUUCAUUUUUUUAGUCCCUGGAACUACCCCUUUGUAAAUCAGAUGACGACCUGGCCCAGCAUGUCGUCGUGCACGCGGGUGCCAUGCAGGAGCAAGCCGGUGCUCUGGAGGUUAGUACAGUGUGGCAACCAGGCGAAAGCCUCGCAUUGCUAGGUGUUUGGGGUCUGGAAGCAAGUUCCGAUAUCCUGCUUAAAAGACCACAGUAUACAGGAAGCUUUUGUAUUCUGGAUGCUAUUUGAAAUGAGGUGGUUUGAAAGUUUUACAUUUGAGCUCGCUGUUAUUAGUGGGUAAGCUCCAAACAACUUCAGAUCAGAGCUUUCUACCUCUGUCAGUAUCUGCAUCUUUCUUGAGCGGUUUACCUGCCUUUCUGCCAUGUUUCUCUAGAGUGCACUGAUCAACCACUGAGCUGCCUUUUCCCUUGUCCUGCAAUGUGAAAGUAGCACCAGAUAUAUUCCUUUGUGCAUUUCUGUGUAUAUGGCUUUCGUAGUUGGGAUUUUCAAGGCACUGAUACCCGGUGUUUUCAGUUUGUUCUAUGAGGGGAUAUUUCAUUUGCAUCUAUGUUUUUAGCUAUCCUGUGAUAACUUGUUGAAUAUUAAAAAAAAAAUAAAAUAUUUUGCUUCUAUUGGGACAUUUGUAUACUCGCAACUAUAUUUCUGUAAACAGCUGCAGUCAAGAAUAAAACAAUGAAAGUUUUCA